ACCUGUCCCCGGUUGACCCACAAAUAGCAUCACCAUGGAGCGCACCAGGAUGGACACGAGCACGCUGGACCGCGUCAGCAGGCUGGCAUCCAACGUGGGAGACGCCACGUCGAUCCAGGUGUCGCUUGGAGCCCUGGAGUGGGACAUCAAGCUUGUCGAUGGCGAUGUCCGUAAGUUGUUGUCCUGCCUGCAAGGCAAGCCAGGCGCACAGACCUACGCGGGCACCAGCAACGAGACCGAGCAGGGCAGGGCCUUCCUGAAGAAGCAGCUCGAUGGGCUCAUGGCCGAGAAAGCACAGUACAAGGAGAAGAGGCUGGCCCUCUUGCAGCUCCAGCAGGAGCUCCCCAACCUCGAGGAGGACGAGGAAUACGCCGCAGGAGCCCCAGAGCCCGAAGCCCCAGCCCCGCCGGCGGCACCAACGGAGGAGGAAGACAAGGCGGCCGUCGCCGCCACCACCGUCGUGUGGAAGGACACAGUGACUAGCGGCACCUACGAUGCCCCCAAGAAGACGGCGGCUCUCUACGCCGAGGACGGCGUUCUCUGGGGAACGGUCUCGGAGGAGGUCCGCGACACCCCUGAGCAGAUCUACGCAUACUUCGACUACUUCGCCCGUCUCCCCGAGCUCCGCCUGGUGGAGUACACCCCCGUGGCGGUGCGCGUGUACGGCGACUUCGCGGUCCAGGCCGGCACGUACACGUUCGCGUUCCAGGGGGCGGACGGGGCGACCGUGGAGAAGAGGGCGCGGUUCAGCUUCACGUUCAGGAGGGACCACCCGGAAAGCCCCACCCCGUGGACGAUCGUCGAGCACCACUCGUCGUCCAUGCCCAACGCGCCGGCGGGGCUCAAGCGCGUCGGACCGAACGCGGAGCUCGUGAAGGUGACGCCGAAGGAGCUCGAGGUCACUCCCGAAAUGAAGGCCGGGUCGGAAACGACGAUCGUGUGGAAGGACACGGUCACCCUUGGCACCGAGGAUGCCCCCAAAAAAACGUCGGCUCUCUACCCCGAGGACGCCGUGCUGUGGGGAACGGUCUCGGAGGAGGUCCGCGAGACGCCGGAACAGAUCUACGACUACUUCGACUUCUUCGCUAGGCUCCCGAAGCUGAGGCUGGUGGAGUACAGCCCGGCGCCCGCCCGCGUGUACGGCCAGUUCGCCGUACAGGCCGGCACGUACACGUUCGCCUGGCAGGGGAACGACGACGAGACCGUCGAGAAGCGGGCGCGGUUCAGCUUCACGUUCAGGAGGGACCACCCGGAGAGCCCCACCCCGUGGACGAUCGUCGAGCACCACUCGUCGUCCAUGCCCAGCGCGCCGGCGGGGCUCAAGCGCGUCGAGAACGACCCCGCCGCCGUCAUGGACGAGGUUGUCGUCGAAGACGCCCCCGCCGUCGUUGCCGCCGAAGAGCCCGCUGUCGUUGCCGACGAGCCCGCCGCCGAAGCGGAACCAGACGUCGUUGAGAAGGAGGCGCCGGCGGCGGAAGAACCGGCUUCGGAGGAGGCGGAAGAGGUGCCCGACUUCUCCGUCGUGCCCGACGAGGAGCCAUUCGUACCUCCCACUCACCCGGUGGACGUAACGAUAACCGUGGGUUCGAACGGGUUGGGAGUCAUCCUUGGGGAAGAGAAGGAAGGCACCCGCUGGACCGUAAAGGGUUUCCGAAACAUGCCAGACGGCGACAAGGGCCCCGCGGAGGUGGCUGGCGUUGAGGUCGGGGACACGCUGCAGAAGCUCGAGGGGGUCAUCCUUGGAUCCUACAAGGAAGGGAUGGCCAUGUUUAAGAAGCAGACGGGCUCCUUCUCCCUCACGAUUCUCCGUCAGGACGAAAUCACCAUCUAAAUCUAAAUACGUAGAUCUGGAGUGUAACCGUCCAUACGAUAGACAUGCCUGCCUGUUUUUUCUCGGCCAGAGGGAACAAAAAAAUGUCCUCGAGCCGUUGGAUCGUACAGCAGGAUAGUACGGCCCGAUCAGACUAGGCGUAUGUCGAUGUUCGCGAACACCACGGGGGGCGAUACGUUCGGGUGUGUGCACGGUCCUAGUCGGUCGAUGUGACGGAGCCCCUUAACAAACGUGCGCCGGGUGAUGAGCAAGGGCUUUAUUCUGUCGCGGUUCUACUAGGCUGUGGGUGGAUGUGGAGAGAGCGACCAAAUUUUGACAAGAUUACUUCCGCGCAUGGUCGGUGGGCUUCCGUCGAGUGGGGGGAGACUGUAUGUCCCAAUGAAAAGCAAAUUAGCGAGCUGCUGGCAAGGCCAUUUGAGUUUCCGUUGAAAGCUAUCUGUGGAGCAGACGUUGGUAGGCGGACAGGCGAAUGCGCCGCGUACGUACCAUAAGUAAAUAAACGCCAUGGACGGUGCGUUUCAUUGAAAGAGCGGGAUUCUACCGGUAGAGAGGUGCAAGGGGGUGUUGGAAAGACGGCGUUCCGGGUCGAGAGGAAGGUGGCUUGUUUUCUGUGAAUCGCGUCUUGCGUGUCACAAUGCCAUGGGUGGCGCAUCUCCAGGGGGGACAUGACAUGGGCGGGGUACACUGAUAGGUUUUUAACUGUUACCCACGUAGGGUGUGUUGUUUCCGCGGACGUGUUCCACGAAAGGGGACCGAUUUUUUUUGGAGAAGGAUCGGUUUGGGAGCGCAGGAGGGGGUGGGGGUGGCACCUAUAAAGUGGCAUGUACCACACAACCGAGAGAGACCGCUGGAUUCCCAUUUCGUGCCUUGAUCUGGUUCGGCUUUUAGGCUGGUCGUACACACGCGGCAUCGUCUCGGAUUAUUCCUUUAACAUGCGGCGCAGGCACAUGGAUGCCGGGAUGUUUUUUUUUGGUGCACCGGCCCCACAGGAGGCAGCAGCAGGGUGGCAAAACGAGAUUUCCCGAUUUGUUUUUCGGAAGGGCCCGGCACUUGAUGGUCGUACGUGUUGUUGUGAUUUUGUUUGGGAGGGGGGGUCUGCUUUUGCCUUACUUCCUAGACCAUUGGCUACAUGUCAGUUGAGACGGCCCGGCUGGCUCGUGGUCCGUUUUCCUAGUAGAGAAAAUCCCAACGUUUGAGUGCUCCCCAGCAGUGAAUUUUUGUUGUGUUCUCAACGGAUGUUGGCUGGUUGUUGUGUUUUGUUCUGCAUCGUGCUUGUACCUUACCUGUUCUGCCCCCUGUGUCUGGAGAGACGGGCCAGGAUGUUUUGUUGAACGUGAGUAGUCGGUUCUCCCAAUGCUGUUGCUCUUUGGGCGCUGCUGCUGUGCCAAGAACCGAUUGAGGAUGCUCUUUUUCUUUGGCCAGGAUGAUGGAGAUGGUGGGUGCGGGAGUCUUCAGGCAACAAUAAAGAAAAAAUCAUGUAACAUACUACU